AUGCAGACUUGCGAAAACUUGGUAGAAGGCGGGUCUGUGCCGAUUGUUCUCAAGGCCAUCUCCAGAGUCGUACAGUCAUCGUCGACCCAGCAAUCGGGCGACAACAGAACUACGACAGAGGGGCCGCUAGAAAACAUCAGCAGCGAGAUCAUCCUCGAGAGCGUUGAGAACGUGACACUAGAAUGUCUACAGGCUCUUGUCAUAUUCUCCGUUGCCGAGUAUGGCUCUGGCCGCCUGGGCAAGUUCUAUAACUUGAUAUCGGUCUGCAAAAGCUCGAUAUUGACUGUGCAUCUUAGAAUGAGCUCUCAGCUCGGACUCAGAGACCUAGUGGCUUUCCAUUGCAGCAAUUUCGGAAUGCCCUCCAUGAUAGCGCCACGGAUGCUCAACAUUCCCGUGACCAUCGUGGAGCGUGAGUCAAAGAUCCGCGCUUUCUGGGCUACAGACUCCCUGGACUCGGCUUCUACAGUUGGAGUCGCAUGGCAUCUAUCUGUCUCGCGCCCUGAGCCAUUCGCAAGCGUGCCUUGUGAUGAUGAAAUCUGGGAGUAUCCUGAGCCGGUGCUUGCGGCGUAUCCGUUCGGGACCGUUGGGACGCCAUCUUCGUUUUCAUUGUUUGUACACCUCGCCACCAACGAGCUCUGGCAUGUUCACGACCAUCUCCAGCAGCUCUAUGACCCUACAUCUGCCGAGGCAGUUUGCAAGCAACAGCUUGACUGUGACGCACAUGAUGAGUUCGAGCAGAUGCUCACCAUCAGCAGCCCAAUCUACACCGAUCUGUUCACCAGCGAGUCCACCACGCAGCAUCACAAUUCCAUGCUCAUCCACUGCACAGUACAUAGUGCAGUCAUCUCUCUAUAUCAGCGAUUUGCUAUAUCGAACGAGAUGCUAACGACGCCCAACGGCGCAGAAUUCAGGCGUCGGGCUGUGGAUCGUUGCCUCACGAGCUGCGACAAGAUUGCUCUGGUGAUCAAGAACGCAAACGACGCGACUCUAGAGUCAACCAACCCCCACAUGAUUUACCCUGUCUUCAUCGCCGCUCGAUUCUGUUUCAUCUAUACGCGGGCUAUGGAUCUCCGCAUUCACACUAAGAUCUAUUUUCUCAUGUAUGCUCUGGAGAAAUGUGGCCGCCGAUGGCCUCUGGCGCAGCAGUUGCACCGUAUCCUGGAACGAGCCAUGGCAGAGUCAUCCAUGUCCCUCGCCCAAUCUGAUCCACUUCCUGCUGAAUUUUGGGAUCUACAAUAUUUUGCACUCGAUAUUCAUGAAGCUCUAUAUCAGUGUGUUUUACAAUCGUCCCAACAUGCGUAUCAAGACCGGGCUUCGCGAUGA